ACAUUACCCAUGAGGCAGAGCUGCCGCCGCCGGAAGUGUAUUGCGGCCCGAGGGUUUGUGGGAAGUAGGGCCUUUCCUUUCCGUCGCUGGGCGCCAUCAGGUAGACAGACAUGGGUGCCUACAAGUACAUCCAGGAGCUGUGGAGGAAGAAGCAGUCGGACGUGAUGCGGUUCCUGCUGCGCGUGCGCUGCUGGCAGUACCGCCAGCUGUCGGCCUUGCACCGGGCCCCGCGCCCCACGCGCCCGGACAAAGCCCGCAGGCUGGGAUACAAGGCCAAGCAAGGUUACGUUAUUUACCGUGUCCGCGUUCGCCGUGGUGGCCGCAAACGCCCAGUCCCCAAAGGUGCAACCUACGGUAAACCCGUGCAUCAUGGUGUUAACCAGCUCAAGUUUGCCCGCAGUCUUCAGUCUGUAGCAGAGGAACGUGCUGGCCGUCACUGUGGGGCUCUGAGAGUCUUGAACUCGUAUUGGGUGGGCGAAGAUUCCACUUACAAGUUCUUUGAAGUGAUCCUGAUCGAUCCGUUCCAUAAGACCAUCAGGAGGAACCCCGACACCCAAUGGAUCACCAAGCCUGUCCACAAGCACAGAGAGAUGCGCGGGCUGACGUCAGCCGGGCGCAAGAGCCGCGGGCUUGGCAAGGGCCACAAAUUCCACCACACCAUCGGUGGCUCGCGCCGCGCGGCCUGGAGAAGGCGCAACACCCUGCAGCUGCACCGCUACCGCUAAUCCUUGUAAACGUGGCCAUCCAAUAAAGAUCAUGCAGGUUGUUCAAUUUAA